GUUUUGGUCUGACACAUUGAGCCUGUUUGUCCCUCAACCGAGAGAAAGAAGGAGCUAGGGAAAAAAAUCCCACAGAUGAGUCACGUGAUACAGUGAAGGGAUUGUAGCAAAAAUUGUUUGAAGAGCAAGGAAAGAAGAAGCGAACUGGAAAGGGAAUAUAAGAAGCUGCUUGGGCUUGGGAAGUACAAGAUAAACUACAGGAAAGACCACUUACUGUUGAUCUGGAAAUUUACUGUUGGUAGGAGCUGAAUGACUUUGCCACCUGUAAAAUCUUCCUUAGAACCUGCUUUGAUUAUGGCUUUUGUUUUAUUACCAAUCUGAAAGAAUCAACACCACUGUGACCAACAAAUAAUGAAUGACAUUCACCAUCUGGAAUCUUCUUUCCAAUAUGGUAAAGAACAUCAAGUAACUUCCCUUUCAGGAUUAAGAUCUAUUCUUUUAGGACUUUGUGAUUCUGUUGAUUAAACCGUGAAGUUUGGUAUAAUAAAGCAACCUCAGUGGUGGUUUUCUGGAGACUCAUCUCUUCAAAAUGGAUAUAUUACUUAGUGCCAUGCUGCUCAUCUGACCCCUACAUACAGACAUUUCUGCAGUCCUUGACUGUCAGUUAAUUGGAGGUAAAAGGAUCACAAGCACUCUUUAAGAGACUAUGGAAAAAUGAAUGUAAAAUGUCAAGCCUUUGCUUCAGAAGUGCCACCAGUUAAUUCCAUCUCUUAGCCUGAAGGUUCAGAUUAUCCGCAAGGUGACAUCUUGUAAGGUGUUUAACUAGUACAGCCUAUUUACAUACUUCCAACAUCCUUUCAGUGGAUUGUAUUGCGGCAUGAUCACCUGUUCUACACUUUUGGGAUGGAUUUUGGUCUCCUGUCCAAAUGAAAAAAAUUCCAACCUGAUUUCCAUAGGAAAAUUGAGGAGGAAUGCUGCUGCCCACAUUGUAUAGGCAGCACCAACAUGAGUAGCCACAGUCUUUUAGAGAGGAGACGGGUAUCCUGUGGAUGAAGAUGAUGAAAAGGAAAGAGAGAAAGAAAAACAGUAACUCUGCAGAGACUGUCUUCGCAACCGUUGGCACCCAUUCUUCUUGUCCCUCACAUAAAAUCUCUCGAGAGGCAAACUUCCCGUUUUCUCAACAGCUUCUGCAACUUUCGCAUCUGUCAACAGAGUUUGCAUCUCUUACAGAUUCAAAACCCAAAAUAAAGAAAACUAAAUGUGAGGCAGAGGUGCACCCAAACACCAUGCAGUCCUUUCGAGAGCAAAGCAGUUAUGGAAACCAGCAGAACUACCAGCAGGAAAUGCUUGGAUCGGCCCGCAUGGAGGACUUUAGUCCACACCAGCAGUCAUCCAUGUUUGCAAACUAUACUGGGAGACGAGGGCCAGCAACAGCAUCAGGAGUAACAGGAGAGGGCUGUGGAAGCCAAGCCUACCAAAGCUACAGAAAGGAAGCUGGUGAUUAUUACUUCCUAGCUGGAAAAGAAGUGUCAGGUCAGCCAACUCAGCGCAGGCCUUCAGGACCUAUCCAGAGCUAUGGACCUCCUCAGGGAAGCUCAUAUACUGGUCAGUACUCUAGUGAAGGUCGUCUCAGUCAAUUUCAAAGUCCGCAUUCUGCUAUCAGCAGCAUGCCCCAGUUUCAACAGGAUCACUACAACAGCACCUUCUCUCCUGGUAGUAGUCAAUAUCCACAACAGGUGACUUCACACCAACAGCAGCAGCAGCUCAUACAGCCUGUAAGACAUCAGACUUACCAGACUCAUCAGCCUUUGCCGCAGCAACAACAGUCCAGUCAGUCUAGUGCCACACCCCAAAUUCAGCAACACCAGAGGGCAUCAGCAUUGACUUCUUCUGGAUAUCAACAUAGGGUGGCUCAUUUUAGCCAACAUUUCCAGCCAUCUGCUGCAUCCUCUGCAUAUUCCUCUCCUCAGCGUUACACCCAAUCUGGGACGAGCUUUGAUGGCUAUAGUGUGAAUGCUAGCUCAGCCUUCGAUAGUCAUGUCUCAGGCUCUAACACUCAAACAUAUGGUACAUCAUCUGGUUAUAGCUUUCAGCCCCAGCAUCUGAAGAGCUAUGAGCAGUCCAAGGUAUCACAAAGCCAACAGUCAGCUCAGCAUACUCUCCAGUAUUCUAACCCUUCCAAAGUGACUCUGCCUAGUCAGACAGGUCAGUACACUCAGUCUGAGGUAUCUGUGAAGUCGCCAAUGCAGUUUCAUCAGAAUUUUAGUCCCAUAUCUAAUCCUUCCCCUGCAGCUUCUGUGGUACAGUCACCUAGCUGUAGUUCUACACCCUCUCCUCUGAUGUCUGGCAGUGACACCCUUCCAUGUGGGCAAAGUAACAUGCCUCUGGGCAGCAGAAAUCGGGUAGUGCAGAUGAUGCCUCAACUGAGUCCCACUACUUCUGUGAUGACUAGUUCCAGCCUUCAGGCUGGUGGAUACAAAAACUUUGGCUUAGAAGCACUUCAGGAAAAACGACUGUCUGAUCCAGGAUUGAGUAGUCUUAGCGCUCUUAGUUCCCAAGUGGCCAACAUUCCCCACACUGUCCAGCACAUGUUGCUCACAGAUACCUUGGCCUCAGGCAGGAAGCAUUCCAAACGAACUUCUAAGAAAGUGGAUAGUUCCACCAAUUCAGAGGGGUCCUCUCAAGCAGAAGAGCAACUUAAGUCUCCUCAGGCUGAAUCUGUGGAUGGUGGUUGUUCUAGUAGCUCAGAAGAUCCUGCAGAACGUAUGCGACAACUUAGUGGACAAAGCACAUGCUCUGACACAGCUUUCAAGACUGCCAGCUCUGAAAAAUCUAAUACUUCUCCUCCACCAAGUUCUCAAAGUGAGCCUCCAAAGGUGGACCCAAACUCCUCUUGUAAGGAAGAAGUCAGUGCUCAUGAAGCAAAAGAGGAAGAACCAAUGCCUGAAGUGCCCAAAGUAAAUGAGAAGUCAGUUGGAGUGAUAGUUUCAAGAGAGUCCAUGACCGUGAGAUCUGAGAAAGGCUUGCAAGAUAGCAGACCCCCACACGACACUGUUCCUCCUCUACAGACCCCUUCAGCCAUCACUGGAAGCAAGGGUCCACCUUCAGAACCUCUUGGGCCACUUUCAGUUAGCAGUCCUGUUGCCAGUAAUUCAACUAGUCACAAUGGUGAGGGUUUGGUACACAUGACCCAUUCAGUUCUCAGUUCCUCUUUUCCUAAACGCAUUGAGGUCUCAAAGGCAUCUGCUUCUCUAACUUAUGGAGCAGUCAACAUUGCAUCCAAGAACAGUGAGGGUUUUCAGCACAUCAACACACACCCAUCAAGCCAGGACAAAAGCAGCUUUGUUUCUGGAGCUGAAAGGAAAACACCACUAAACAGAGCUGAGAAAUUCCCUAGUCUUUUGCAAGAAGUAUUGCAAGGUUACCAUCCUGAUCGCAGAUAUGCAAGAGGUAUCCAGGAGCCAUUGCAAAUGGUAGGAAAUUUGGAAGGAUCUGUACGUCCUAAUGUGUUAGUAAAUCAGAAAUCUGACCAUAUAAGCAAGACUUCAGUAAGUAAGAAUUUGACACCUUAUCUGGAUUAUUCAGCCUGGGGUCCUUGGGACAAAAAAACAAGCAGCUUGUCUUCUGAAGUAAAGCAAAUCAAUCUAGCUGAUUAUGUUAUGUCCAGGAAAUUUGAAGCAGAAUCCCAGUCUGCUAUGCAUGAGCCUGGAGUGACUGUGUCAGAGAGAAGAUCUGUCAUUUGUGAUGUAUCUCCUUCAAGACAGCUCACAAGAGAGCAUGGCUCUCAUGCUGCAAGUCUCUUAUCCUUAAUGCAGGAGAGGGGAACAGAUAGCAGGACUGUCUGGAGUGAACGUCUUAAUCCUACGCCAGUGCAGUCUGUCAUUCUGCCAGGAGGACAGACUGUUGCUGAUCCUAAAGCCAAAGGUCAGGUUGGCCCAGUGAAAAAUGAUGAUCUGGAGCAGUCACAAUGUAGUGUAGGCUUGAACAAUAAAAAGAACAGUGAGGCUGCACACUUCUACUCCACCACAAAGCAAGAUUCUGUCAAAAAUAAUUUUCCAAACAUGGGGCCUUCUGAGCUAGCUGUGGAUUACUCCCAAGACUUCAGAUCACUAUCAUUCAGGAGAGGUGGAAGGGUAGGGCCAAGGGGAAAAUCACCACCCCAUGUGCAGGAGCCAGGUGAGAGACUGAAAACGCCACCUCUGCAGUUUAAAGGUACACCUGUUCCUGUACAGUUUAGUUCUCAAGCCAGUCCAUCUGCUCAUCUAAACAGAGCUGCAGUGUUCUCAACAUUUGCCUCAAAUUCUGAAAUUCAGUCUUUGGUCCCAGCUUACCAGAUGAAUACACGGCUCAGUGCCCUUGGUGAUCUUAGCCUGGGUGUAAACAGCCUAUUCAGUCUUAGAAGACAAGCAUACCAGCAUGAAGAACAGAAGGAAAGGACUGCUGGAGCAAACCAUGGAGUGAUUUCUGCAGCACAGGUCAGGCAAGAGGGGCUUGUAAAGAGCCCAAGACAAGAGCAGUUCCACGAGAGAGUAAAAAGUCCUUCAAAGAAUGAUAGAAACACCACACUUCUUAACCAAUCUAGUACCUACCCUGAGGUAGCCAGUGCAGAGGCAGGAUGGCCCACAACAGCAGGAGAAUGCAACAUGCCAAAUGUAAGUGUAGACUCAAGGCUUCAUCCUCAGAAGAGUACUCAGCAAGAAAAAGGUUGGGAUCUUUCUGGCCAGGUUUCUCCUAAAAAAGGUGGUGUACCACCAGAUUUACUCAGUCAGAAAAGAUGUGAGCCUAAGUCUGAAAAUGAUAGGCAGCCAGUAGUGACAAGUGACCCUUUGCAGUUUGCCAAACUUGGGAACAGCAUGCCAAAAUUGACAGGUCAGGAAGAGCAGUCACAUCAGAACCCUUUGAUUAUGAGGAGAAGAGUCCGCUCAUUUAUAUCACCCAUUCCUGUCAAAAGGCAACAGCAAGAGACCAAGAGCAAUGAGGUGGAAGACAAAGUGCAUAUUUUACCUAGUGCAACAGGAGAGGCUAAUUCUACUUCUGAAUCCUCAGUAAAUCCUCUACAGACCUCAGAACCCAACAAACUCUCCCCAAAAAGAGAUGCAAUUGAAGUUCUUAGCCCUGAUGACAGAAGCUCUACUUCUGUUUCCUUGACCAGUCCUGCAAAGACUAAAAUUCUUCCACCACGCAAAGGUAGGGGAUUAAAACUGGAAGCUAUAGUGCAAAAAAUCACAUCCCCAAAUGUGCGAAAAAGCACUGCUUCCAGUGUUGAAGGGGGAGCAGAUAGUGUCACUUUGGAUGAAAUUCUGUCAUUCAGAGGAGCACAGUUAGAUAGUGAUCUGUCUGUCCAGGUUGUAGAGGGAGAAAAUAAAAAGGCAGUUUCAGAAAUACUGGCUGAUUCUUCAGUAGCUAUAAACCAAGAGUCAGCCAGUGAAGUCUGCCCAUUGCAGACUUCAGAAGGAAAGCACAACAGAACAGAUGAAUUGACAAAGGGUGAUUACGUGCCUGAUGCAUUAGAAGCAUGCAGUGAGUCCUACAAAACAUCAUCACCAUUGGAGAUAUCAAGUGGAAAUCAGGGAAGACUGGAAAAUUCUCUCCCAACUCCAGCAUCUGGUGGUUUAGUAGAGAGUAGAAGAAAUGCGUCACCCCAGCAAGUUCUUUCUCCUGACAUAGAGUCUAGAGCAAAUAGUCAUGAAAUGGGUAGAGUGAGCACUACCUUGAAGCAAGAUGUUAUACCUCCAAAAGGUUAUUUUCCAUCAGGAAAGAAAAGGGGUCGUCCUGUAGGGAGUGUCAAUAAGCAGAAAAGACAGCCACCAAGUGAUGAAUCGAGAGACAGUGAUCACAAGCCCAAGAAACAAAAAAGUGAAAGGAAAAGAGCUUCUGGAACCCAGCAGAGACGAAGACGGAGACAGAAUAACCAGACAGAAUUUUUGAUACAGCCUUCAGAGCCAGAGAUCAAGCUAAAAUAUGCAAGUCAGUCAUCAGACAAAGGUGAUGUAAAAAACAAGUUAUUCAUCCCCUAUGUCCAUGUAGAGAGAAAUGUUGACAUUGGGGAACUGUGUACCAUAGUAAAUGCAGAGGAUGAAGAGCAGGGUAAGGUCCUGAAAAGCAGAAAAAUUCCUCAGAGAUCCUCCUCCCCUCCUCCAGAUACUAAGGCAUUGCCUGCUUCUUCUUUUGUUCUCCCAGGUCCAAUAGUGACGGAGUCUUCAGUAGUAGGUCGUUUGGUCUGCUGUUUGUGUGGAAAGUGGGCCAAUUACAAAAACCUUGGUGACUUGUUUGGACCAUACUAUCCACCAGACUAUGCAGCAACACUGCCUAAAAAUCCGCCUCCUAAGAAAUCUUCCGAGAUUCAGGGCCAUGUCAAGGUUAGGCAUAAAAGUGCUUCAGAUGGCUCCAAGACUGAUUCUGAAGAGGAAAUGAAAGAGCAAAGAAGCUUAACCACACAUCCACGUUUUAAACGAAGAUUGAGGCCUGAGGAUGCUGCAUCCAGGUCUGUUUUGCGAGGAAGCACAUGUAAGGCACCUUUAGAAAGUUGUGAAAAGACUUCUUUGGACUUAAAGGCCCAAGUAUGUGGUACAGAGCCCAUCCCUGAGACAGACUUAAAAAUACCCGAACUACCUCUGGACAGUAGUGAAUUUUGGGUACAUGAGGCUUGCAUUCUGUGGGCAAAUGGUGUAUACCUUGUAUGUGGGAAGCUGUAUGGCUUGCUGGAGGCUGUAGAUGUCGCCAGAGAGAUGAAAUGUUCUCACUGCCAGGAGCCUGGCGCCACCUUGGGUUGUUACAGCAAGGGCUGCACCUUCAGAUAUCAUUAUAUGUGUGCCAUUGAUGCUGAUUGUUUACUUAAUGAAGAGAAUUUCUCAAUGAGGUGCUCAAAGCACAAGAUAAAGACUGUGAAAGGCAUCACAACAGAACAGUCUGAAAUGGGAUGAUGGAGGGAGCAUCAUUACAACAACAGAGGCAAAGUAAGCACAGGUGAGUG